UUGUCAUUUAAAAAUCGCAGACAGCAGAGUAUUCGAAUGCCAAUUAAAAAAUUUUUCUAAAUUUAGUUAGUGCUAAAUCACUUUUUGUUAUUACUGCUUAUGGAGUUUACGGAUUUGAAUGAGGAAUCAUGUAAGAAAUCACGUCGGGUCCGGUCGUGGUAUCUCUACGAACAAUUUAAAUCACUCGAAAAAAGUCAACUGGAUGCCGCUCGAAAGCUCAAAGAUAGACCAUACCAAGAGAGAGUUCUUCACAAAGAGUUGAAUGAGCGACGAUCAAGAAGAAGAUUGUGCGACCAGUUUGGAUUAUGUCAAAGCGAGACCGGAUUAGGCCGAAAUGGAGAGCCAUCAAAAACCCUUCUCAGUACCAGUACAGGCGAUUUCUAUGAGAGUUUCUGUAAGUUGCACAAUGAUGAAGGCGAUAUAUAUAGUUGUGAUGAUUCUCAGUCGAGUAAAACGUAUCAAGAAUGUAGAGUUACUUACAAUGAUGACUUGAGCCACGUAGAAAGCGUCGCUAGCGUUAUACAAAACUUUAGCUAUGACGAUAAUUUAACUGAUAACGUCAAGGAAGACCUACAAAGUGUUCAAAGAAAUAUUAAUAUAGCAGAAGAUAUUAAUCUACAGCUCGAGGCAGUUAAAGAAAAUUUGGAAUGUAUUGAAAAAUAUACUAAAAUGUGCGAGGAAGGCCAAAUAUCUGAAGGCGAAAGCUUUGAUUCUGUUGUAACCCGUGAAAAGAAAAACCUGGCAGAAAGACGACUUAAGACAAAAAAUAAAAGCGAAGUUGAUUUUUUUUUGUCAUUUUGGCCCAAACUAGUUCAAUUUUCAUAUAGAACAAUGCAAUUGAAUUGUGGUAAUUGUUAUAGCGACUAUAGCACACAGCUUUUGGUUGCCAUUCUAGCGUGUGACAUGCUUCGUCGCGGAUUAAACAAAAUGUUAUGUUUUACAGCCAUUCAUUUCACCGGUAAAGUUCUCGCCUAGUGAGCCGAAAAUUGAUGCAAAAACUUAUAAAAAUGUAAAAUAUAGAAACGCUAAAAUACGGAAACCAUUUAUUAAGUACUUACCCCUACAUUGUUAUCAAAAGAACGGCAAAAGAAAUCAUUCUGAAGGUACUAACUGUAGGCAUAAUAUUCACGACAAAUCACGGGGCCAAAGCGAACCAAGGGGACGAAGAGAAUGGCGUAGUCUUGCCCGAUUAA